AAGUUGGUUUGGUCAUUGGUAUCGCUGAAACUGCUCGGAUUCGAGUAUGGCCUAUGCCUUUGGCUUGCAUCUGGCGUCUUGAGCUAUAGAUACAGAGCCGUAGUAGUUGUUCGGAACAUUGCGGUUUCCUGAAACAAAUAUCUGGCUUGUUUCGUGUUUCCCAUAUGAAAAGGGUGUUUGCUUAGUGUAGAAGAGAUCAAUGUCCUAUUUUGGAAGGGAGAAAGAAUAAAUGCUGUAUAUUCUGCGGCAGUGAUUAGAUCCACUUAUGAGAAGGAUAAGCUUGGUUUAAUCUCCUGAACCUGUCUGUCCAUCACAAGGCACUUAGCAUUGCCGUAUAGCAUCCAGCAAAGUGACAUUGGCACAUGAUUAGGCCCAUGAUUAGGCAAUAUUCCGUCCAAGGUAAACGUAAACACUUCAAAAAGGUAAGGAUAAAGUAGUUUGGUAGCCUAAAGCAAACAUUUUCAAAGAUUCCUGUUGGUCCAGCAGACCUGCAUAGUUAACAUAGUCUUGUGUUGUUGCUUCAAAUGACAUACUUCGUCCAGAAUAAUGCUUGGCUCACAAUGAUUUACGAGUUCACAAACCUCUAUGGGCAAUCCUUGUUAGGCAGGUAGACAGAUGAGUCAUGAGACACAUCCAUACUCAAAUGACUCUAUAUAUUCCUUGUUUCUGUUUCCAAGGGAAUGCAUGUGUCUCCUAGAAGCAUAACACAUAUAUAGCUAUCUGCGACUUUGGAAAGGAUUAUUUAUUCCUUUAUCUCAACUGUAAGAAAGAGCUACAUAGGUUGCAUACCAUGGGUGCAUAUACAACAAUAGCUCCCGUUGUCAGCAAGAUCUUCUGCAGUUCUUCGCACGCUGUGCUGAUGGUGCGCAGGCGCCCUCCCACUGUCAACGGUGGCGGCUUUGUUGUCACAGAUCAGGAUCAGAGGGCCGUUUUCAGCGUCGAUGGCUGUGGGAUCAUAGGUGCUAGUGGGCAGCUGAUUGUCAGGGAUGGUGAUGGCAAUGCAAUCUUGUUCAUUCACAAAAAGGGCGGUGUUGUUCAAGCAUUGUGUGUUAACAACUGGUGGAGAGGAUAUCUGACCGACUAUGGUGAACCAAGCAAGCUGGUUUUCAGCUUGCAGGAUCCUAAGCCUGUCCUCUGCAUGAAGGGUGAUGUUCAGGUCACUGUGGAACCGAAGGGGAGAAACAGGCACUGGGACUAUGAGGUGACUGGAUCUUUUGUCCAGAGAGCUUGUGCCAUCAAAAACCGAGCAGGCCAAGUCGCAGCGCAGAUUGGUGUGAAGGGGAUGAUGGCAGGGAGGGACUUCUACCAAGUGGUGGUGCAACCAGGUUAUGACCAGGCCUUUGUAGUCGGCGUGAUUGCCAUCCUUGACAACAUUCAUGGAGAGUCCACAAGGUGUUGAUGUUAUUAGAGAUGGGAGCUGCUCAUCGUAUCCAUCUGUCGAUAAGAUUCAUUACACUAGCAAUUUGUUAUAAUACAAUUGUGUAGAUUGAUUUUUCAUUAAACAUUACGCUUUCUCUUAUGUUGAUAGGUUACCAUGUACAUGAUAUACUCCUAUGUGAUAUGGAAGUGUGUUCUGUUGUUUCGCAAAAAAAAAAAAGUGUGUUCUGUUGUAAAUUGGUUUCAGGUAGUUCGCUUUCCAUCAUUGGAUGCAGAGGAUCCGGCUGACGUGCAGAAUUGUCCUCGAGCUGGAGGCCCCUAAUAUUAGAGCUUCUGGCCGAGU